UCUUCUGACCAAGGACGGAACAUGUCGGCUCCCGGUAAAAAGGUGUUUGAGUUAUUCGUUUCCAAGAUACCGUGGACUCUCGGAACAAAGGAGGUUAAAGAGUAUUUCGGGCAAUUUGGCCACGUGAGGAAGUGCUUACUACCUUUUGACAAAGGAACUGGUUUUCAUAAGGGCUUCUGCUGGAUUGGGUACACCACGGAGGAGGGACUGCACAACGCCCUUCACAAGGACCCUCACGUUGUCGAGGGAUCCAAGCUUCAAGUGCAACAAAACAUGAUGCCAUUCACGUGGAGAAGAAUGGACAAAGAAGCAGAAGAAAGCUGAGCAGGCAUCAUUUCAGUAAAGUGGAAUUGAUGUAAUGUCUGUUUUUUUUGGGGAACCUUUUCUUUGUUGUAAAGUGUUUAUUGUAACUAUUGAUGAAUAAAAUAAAUUUACUGUUUAAUGGA